AUGAAGAUGGCUAAGCAGGGUGGUGCAUGGCGCCCGAGAAAAGAUAAGCCCCAAGUCUCGAGCAAUGUCGAUUCGAGAGUUGUCAAGUCUCGGAAAAGUUCGGUAGCAACAACAGAUAAAGAACAAGUGGCGACGAGUGCAGCCGGUCCGCAAGCUAAUUCGCCCGCCCAGAGCAACGACGACACCAUCGCCGGAGAGGCGCCCGUCUCCGUCUGGUCAAAUACCCAACCAACUCUGAGCCAAGGAGUCCAGGCAUUUCCAGGCAUUUCGGCUUAG